AUGCACACAGAAAGUGGAGGAUCUCUGCCUGAUGUCACCAUCUGUGCUGAGCCAGGUCCUGUGAUCUUUCAAGGGAGUUUUGUAACUGUUGUGUGCUCAAAGUCUGGUGACUAUGACACAGUCCGCCUGGAGAAGGAUGGCAGUAUCUUUAUGGAAAAGGACUCUGAGCCAUCUAUGAGAGAGGAUAGAUUCCAUAUUGGGCCAGUGAAUAAAACCAUCACCGGACAUUAUCACUGUUUUUAUAGGAAAGGGAACACCUGGUCCAAUCGCAGUGAGAAGCUGGAGCUAAAGGUGAUCAAAGAACAUGUCACCCAGGUUCCUGCCCCAGGUCCAACAAUGACCUCAGGCACUGUUAUCAAAGUUUACACCCUGGAGAUUUCAGUCCGGAUGGGUGUGGCAGGGCUCGUUCUUCUGAUUCUGCUGGUAAUAUUGACUGAGGCCUGUUGUAACCAUGAGGAGCACCACAGGUUGAAAUGCCAAAACACAGUGAACAGAUAAUCUGGAAGAAUUGACCUUGGAGAAAACUCCAUCUUCAGAGAUACCUCCUGAUGGAUGUAGAAUAUAUUCAGGGUUUAGGUCUUUUAUUUGGGUGGGGGGGGGCUACUUGGAAAAACAGCUGAACCUCAGUAGGCAAAGAACAUAUCACAGAUACUAGGAGCUCCUUAUGUGCAUUGAAACCUUAAAUAAAUUCACAGAUAGCAUAUGA